AAAAUCGGGAAAAUCCCGGUAAUUCGGUAGGGUUGGCAACACUGAGAACUGGAAGGCCAUAGACGCCCAACAAAUACUAUACAGGCAAGGAGAGCGCAGUGAUGGUGUUUUCUGAACGAAUCGUUCCUGGUCUUGUGGCGGUGGUGGUGCUGUUGAUCGGUCAUGCAGGCUGUGUCCAGGACCAAGCUCCAGGAGAUGGUGUAGACAUAUGUACCGAGGAGAUCGUUAAUGGAGUGCCGAACCCGUUCUUUGCCCUCCGCCCAGUGUACUCCGUCAAUGAACGACCUCUCAUGGACUCCAGAGACUAUAACCGCCUACUUCAGGAAAAUAGCGACGCGUAUGUACCGUGGCAAAGUGUGGAUAGGGAUAAUAACAACACCAUCGAAGAUGUUACGCGGUGGACCCAAACUGGAAGUGCCACAUGUGCUGGGAGAGUGACAGCAUGUGGGUUCGAUGUUGGAGCUCAAGAGAACUGGCUCAUCACACAGCACAUCAACACAGUGCUACCAGGAGGAGGAGGAGAGAGACUGAGGAAAGUGACUGUUGUGUUUAAUGGAACUCUCAAUGGAUGUGAUAUCGGUAGAAAGUGCAGGCAGAAUUUUGAACUAUACAAGUGGGAGACUUCAGCCAUUGACAGAAAUGGAGCAACUGACACCAGCAAUUACAUCAGAGUUGGUCGAGUCUCUCCUGCUGUUACUAUUGGAGUCAUGUCCUUUGUUGACUAUCAUGAUAUUGAAUUGGGUACCACAGGUGGUUUUUACUUGGGAGUUGUUGACUUGACCACUUGUGUUACUCUCACAAGAAUUCUAGUUCUCUACUAUGUGUGUCCAGAGGAGACAUCAGAACUCAUCUCCAGACCUGAGGCAAUUGAAUCCCAGUCUCUGGAAGGCUCACCUUCAGUGGAGGGAGAGUGUGUAGAGAACAGUUCCACAGAGUCUGGGGCUAAUCCUAUUCUCAUAUGUGGUGCUAGGGGACAGUGGCAGGUGAUAAAACCAUGUCUCUGUAAUCCCGGAUAUCGGCUAGACAGUAGUCAGGAUAAGUGCUCAGAGUGUCCAGAAGGAACCUUCUCAUCGGGACUGGGUGAUGGCACAUGUGAGACAUGUCCAGCUAACAGUGAGGGGACUGGAACUGCUCUGAGCCUCUGUCCAUGUCUCCAGGACUACUACAGAGCUCCUUAUGAGGGGCCGUCCGUCCCCUGUACACAGUCUCCAGGACCUCCAUCUGAUGUCAGAGUGUCAAAUGUGACCAACACAUCAGCCAUCCUCUCCUGGUCUGCUCCUGAUAAUGGUGGAGGGAGACCUCUCUAUGAGAUAGUCUACAUCAUCACUGCUACUGACAGUGGAGGAAGUGGAGGAGAGAGAGUGGUGGUGAGUGAGGUGAAUGAUACAGAGACCAUUGUGACUGGACUGACUCCUGGUGUCCUCUACACAUUCUCUGUAUCUGCUGAGAAUGAUGUCUCCUCUCAGGACAACAAUAUCAAUGCCAGGAGUCUCAGUACCACUGCCACCACUCAGGAAGGAGUUGGAGGGACAGUGAUGGAGUUUGUGGUGGGAGAGAAUGGAGUGCUGAGCUGGUCUUCUCCAGUUCCUCCCAAUGGAGUCAUUCUCUACUACAAUGUCAUCAUAUCCACAGCUGACUCUGGGCAACUGGUCACCAGAUUGAAGGAGUUGGACGUCUUGACUAUUGAUGUCUCCAACUACGGAGAGAUCAACAUGGACUACAAUGUUACUGUGCAGGCAGUGACGUCAGUUGGAGGAGGGGAUUUCUCAUCUCCAGUGACAGUAUCUCUGAGAGAGCCGUCACCUGACUCCAAAUCUGACCCACCAGUCACUGCCAUUGCUGUUACUGUCCUUGUGGUCAUCAUCAUCUUCCUCGCUAUCAUUGUGGCCAGUCUUGUUGCCUACAUCUACUGGAAAAAGUCAAAGAUGAAGAAAGGAGAACAGACAUCCAUAUCUGAUAUGCCGGGUCAACUAUCACAGCAGAUGUAUGAUGAUGGGAUGGAGAUUAUGGAGCCCAACAAAGCAUAUGGCGUGCACAAUGUGUCCGGACAUAAUAUGAGAGUUCAAGUUCCUGUGUAUCCCAAUGAAGCAUAUUCAGUGUGUAAGGGUGGCACACACGAAGACCCAGAGUAUGAACUGGUUAAUUAGACUACGACUGUUUUUGAAGACCUUGUAUUAUUAUACAGCUUGCAUUGUUUCACAAACGUAAUUUUGUGUGUAGUUUCUAUCAAGAAAGUGUGUGUGUCAGGCUCCU